UCAGCCUUAGAUCUACACUAAGUGCUGCUGCCUCCAUCUCUAUUCUACUGCUACUAAAAACUCCAGACUGGCUGUCCCCUAGGGCUCUUCCAUCAUGUGUUAACUAUCUGCUUGAGGACGUAACUUCCAGUAUAAGUUCUGCGUUUGAAGUGUUUGCAGAAGCCAAAGAAUUUUGUCUUGAAAGGUCGAUGUUCACUACAGCUGUUCCUGGUCCACCUUGGUGAUAAUGCUUCUAUUGAUAGUUCUUGGGGCCACUCUUGGGGUAACUGGCGGUGUUGUUGCUACCUGUGCAAUGGCAUUCCUAUGGUGCCGUUUUAAAAAGCAGAGAGGGUCCUACAAAAAUCUGGAGAACAAGUGUCUGGAAAGCACAGCAAAGGAGAGAAGUAUCCUGCACACGACACAACAGUUUAGAGUGAAGAAGACAAUGGAGACAAUCCAGCCAAGGACCAGGUUAGCAACAACUAAAAUCUAUGGCCCCAAACCAAUGAAAACCUUCCCAAAGUUCAUCAAUUACACAGACUGUACCAUAGAAAGGAUGGAUGAAUGUCUGCCAGCUAAAGCAGAGAAGACCAACAUCUCCAGUUUAAUGGUGAAUUCAUCUGAAGAUCUGUUUGUUUUUUCCAGGAAUGCUCCUGGUGAUGCUGUAUCUCUGUCAGAUGACAUGCAGUGUGAAAUGUCUGAGGAUUCGAAUGAAGAUGUGAAACUGCAUUAUGGAAUUCAGUACAACCGCUAUAAGUCAGAACUUUAUCUCACCAUUAUUGAAGCCCAAAACACAGGCAUGGUGGAAAACAUGAACCGCAGUGACAGUUACGUGGUAGCUGCCUUAAUCACGACACUUGGGAAGGCUGAGGCCGAGACCUCUAUCCAGGCAAAGACCCUGCACCCGGUUUGGCAAGAGACUCUGACAUUCCCAGUUUUAGAGGAACACAUGCGGGAGGGAACUUUAACUGUGGCUGUCUACAGCUGUGAUAAGUAUUCCAGGCAGGACUGUGUGGGGGAAGCUCAGCUCAAGCUGUGUGAUGUGGCAGUAGAAGAAAGGACUGAGUGCUGGAUCAGACUGACAGCCCCUCUAAAGAAUUCAUCGCAUGGUGAGAUCUUGCUUUCCAUCAACUUCCUUCCAGCUGCUAACCGUCUGAUUGUCAUCAUUAUGAAGGCACAGCACUUAAAUGCCAACAAGCUGAAAGAUCUGAUAGAUAUGUCAGUCAAGCUCACUCUCAUGCACCAAUCCUUGAAGCUGAAGAGAAAACAUACAAGACAUGUUAAGCACAAGAUUAACCCAGUGUGGAAUGAGAUGAUAAUGUUUGAGUGUCCUUAUGAAAUGCUCUGCGAAGCCAGUCUUGAACUGGAAUUAUUGAAUCAAAACUGUACUGGGAAAAAUCAUCUCCUUGGAAAAUGUAACCUCGGUAUGAACUACACUGACUUAGAGUUAGGUCACUGGCAGGAAAUGCUGGCCAACCCCAAGAAACAGAUUGCAAUGUGGCAUAAACUGCAUGAAUAAUCACCCUCUCUCUGUCACAUUCACUGGCAAAGUUCAAGCUUCUGCAGAUUUAUUUUCAAAGCUUCCUGCACUCGUUGAUGCCAUGGCCGAUGUUCAGUUUUCCAUAAACUAUAUAAAUCGCAGGGCUGACAUAGUGGGAAAGGUUUAAACAAACAGCUGAGGUGUGUACCGAGCCCUGCAGUUUGGGGCUUACUUCUUAUUGUGGCUUCUUUUGUAGAAUGGUUGCACUGAACACAGUUAAAUUUUUUUCAUGGAUCUGUUUGCAGCCCAAUUAACUGUCCACCAAAGGCGCUCAUGAGGCCCACUUCAGUGUUAAAGACGGAUGCCAGUCUGUGCUCUACCCCCUUAUGAGUAUCUCCAUUCAAUUUCCCUCACUCUAUUUCAUCAGCUUCUCUCCCUGCCGCCCCUCCCUCCCUCAACUAAAAGAGGGAGGUCCCUGUAACCUGUUCUAGAUUCCAAACAGUUCUUAUCUCAUCUGAUCAGUGUACUCACCCUCAUUUUCUUGUUAAUCCCUGUAACCCUCAACUCUCCUUUUGACUGAAAUUCUAAUUCAGCUUUGAAUAUGCUUAAUAACUCAAUCACAUCUUCCCAACUUCCUGCUUUCUAAUUGCCCUCACCAUCUUCUGAUCAGCACCUGGAUCUUCUUUCCUUCACUUCUCUCAGUUACUGCCUUCCACUGUCCCUUCCAAUUAUCCUCACCUGUCUCUUUCAUUCAUGACCUAUUCUCUUCCAGGAAUUAGCAAGGACCGUUAUCAGCAAAAGAGUGGGUCAACAUUGAAUGCCUCUUCAACUCUGAGCUGCCUGAGGAUGCCUAGUAACCGAGUGUAAACUUCCAGCCAUGUGGAAAUGAAGAUGGAGUCUCGCCUGCAUGAUGUGGUGUCGUACUUUGCCACAUUUCAACUGUUGGUCUAACAGAAAUCAAUUUCGAAUCAUUGAAGUGGAAAUAUUAAUGUGAUGAUGGGUUUAUUAAUCCAUUAUUUGUGGUAUCUCAUCAUCAUCACCUAACUGAUUUUAUUGAGGUUCAAUCAUUUUAACUGAGAAGCCACAAUAUGGUCUUGACAUAGCUGCACAAGAAAUGUUCUCAGAUAUCAUUGUUCAAGUUCCUGCUUUUAAUUAAUUGCUAAAAAGAAGAAGCAGACAGUUCUAAAUGGAAAAUAAUUCCUCAAUAUUUUUUACCUCAACAUUGGAUAUGAUGUUAAAUUUCAACUCUCUCAGAUAAUUGAACUCAAGAGCACAUUAACUUUUUAUGCUUCAGCUGAUUGGGACAAAGGGUCAUGUCUGUUUAUCCUGAAAUUAUAUCCACUUAAUCACCAUGUUCCUGUGUUUAACAAACUCAUUGGAUAUCUGCCAUUGAGUGUUCAGAAUAGUAUUUUCAGCUAAAGGAAGGCACAAAACAGCAUUAAACAGUGCAUUUUGCAAGCAGGAGUGUUAAAAAAUGGGGAUAUUUACUGACUAAAUUGUAAGCUCAAAAUGGUAACACAACAUGAUUGCAGCAACAAGAGACUUUACUCUGUAUUGACUAUUUUAAUCAACAUUUACUUCAAGUCUUUUGAAUCUUUAACCAUUUGGACUCAAAUGACCAGCCAAAAGUUUUACUUAAAGAUGUGGAAGAGCAAAAGCAUUCAUAUGUCCAGAUACAUUUAUCAUUCAAUGCUAAUAUACAGAUACAAAAGUAUUUCAGUAAAAACAAUGGAAUGUCAAUCUAUUCAAAAGAGAUGGAAUUUUUAAAAAAUUAAAUACCAUAUCAAUCCCUGUCUGUCUAGAAUACUGCACACAGCUUUGGGCUAAAAAUUAUAACUUUAAAGUGAUACAAUGGUUUAAAAUAUUAAAUUAUAAAGAUGCAUAAACAAGGUUUGCUUACUUGUGAAUUUAGAAAUGUGACAACUUAUCAAAAUGAUUAAAGGAUUUGGUAGGGUUGACAUCAAUAAACUAUUGGCUCUUUUUGUGAGAACUGUGACGUGAUUAUAUAACCUGAAAUUGGAACUGGGGUAUUUGGAAAUAAAUCCUUACAGCAAUUUGAUUUCUGUCACCUGGUUCGGACAUGGCCCAAGUGCAGAGUGAGAGACACUGAAGCAGGUCGAUAGUUCACAGACUUUAAUCCAAACAGUGUUAAAGGGAAAAGAAAACGGUAAAGGCUAGGCCAAACAGGGCAAUUAACUAAAACUCUCAAAUGGAAAAUGAAGCCUACACUGCGGCUGAAAAGAACAACUAAGAAUAAAUACUACUAGUCUUCAGAGUCAGUUGACUUGACAGACCAAUUUCUCAGGCGGGGUCGAAUGCAAGCAGGCAACGAAGUGUUGUUGUGUCCAUAUCCAAGUCUCAACAAGUAUGGGGUUAAAUAUUAUCACAAAGAAAUAAUAAUUAGCUGACACAUGCAUAUUCACAAGCGCAAUUGCCAUAUCUACUGCACUGUUGAAUCUGUAGAUAUGACAGAUUUCCAUGCAUUGGAGGCCUCAAAGUUGCUUUCCCCAAUGGUCUGUCAAGUUAUUUUUUUACAUUUCUUGUUCAGUGAGGUUAUAAAAGUAGAUACAUGUUGUUGAGGUGGAAGUACUAAAUGAUCCAUUCAUUUAGUUUUCAUUAAAUAUACAGUGAUGAUUUUUGUAUUCCCAGACAGUCAUGGUGGUGUAAUUGUUGUCCCAUAUUUUGCUAAUUUUUAGUCAAUGUCCAGGUUUCACAAGACAAAGUUUUCUUACACACUAUCCUUUCUUGAUACCAUCACCAAUUCAUUAACUGACCUUUUGUUAUUGAUCAAUUUAUUCUAUAUUCUCAAUAUUUCUAAUAUUCAGCCUCUUACAAUGCAUUGGUUGAAUUAUUCCUUCAAUAUCAUAGAAUCAUAGAGAGAUACAGUAUAGAAAAGGGUCCUUCAGCUCAUUGAGUCCAUACUGAUCAUCAACCAACUUAUUUUUAUACUAAUUCUAUAAUUCUAUUUGUUAUUCUCCCCACAUUCUCCUCAAAUCCCUUCAGCUUCAGAGAAUGUGCAAACUUCACAUAGGUAAUACACAAAAUCAGGAACAUGGAUAUUUACCAUCUGUCCAUGUUAAACCCUUCAUUAUGUUAACAUUUUAACAGAUGGACAGUAAAAUUAGUCAUGGUUAGUAUCUCAGAAUAUUUGAAAGUAAAUUUUCAUGUAAUUUCAAAACCAGACUGAUUCUUUUCUUCCUGCUGUCUCUUCAGCUGACGUAUAGACCAUUACUUAGAUACUCUGAAUUCAAUCUGUUGAUUUAUUCCCGUGAUAAAGCUGUAUCCAGAAAUAUUGCUCUUUGUUUCUCAUGCCAAAUAAUUCUUGACCACUCAACAAUAGUCUCUUUGAAAUUCAAUUUCACUGAGAAUUUGAAUAUUGCUACAUAUGCGUGAAGCUCUCUCAAUCACCUCUCUUAGGAGUGGUUGGGUGAUCUUCACACAUACUGUAAAUAGAAGUAAUGUGCUAUCAACAUACAUUAGUGUCGCUCAAAAUGGAAACUUGGUGGGGCAGGUCGACAGGUGUUUUGUCUUCAUGCCUGAGGACUUCUUUGUCCGAUGCAGUGAGGUUUUAUUUUCCCUCAAUCUUUGCUGGCUGUGCUCACUUCAAACCUAAAUAUCCAAACAGGCCAUUAACUGCUUCAUUCUAAAUAUUAUGAUUUUAUUUCGACAAGGCAACAAUUUCAUUCAGAAUGAAUAAAAGAUCUCUGACCAAUCACUUGAAACAUCUAUGAAGCUUUAAUGAGCUACGGCAUGAAGCACUGACUUCAUUGAGAUGGGAAUUAAAUUUCCAUUCAGUUUCAAGUACCUUUCAGAAAUCAAGCGACCACAAACAAAGGUGACAUUUAUUGCCAAAGUGAAAAAAGUCAAAGUUCUUUAUGACCUAAGUUAGAUUUACCCUUGCCAGACAGGAAAACUGUUCAGACUGUAACUGAUUAUUAUUUUCUUCAACAGGGAAAUCAGCAAUCUAUUGCUAAUCACUGGUAUUCCCUUCUAUCUUGAAAAUAAUUUAUUUUUUAAUUUUUACUUAGAGAUACAACACAGUAACAGGCCCUUCCAGCCAACGAGCCCGUGCUGCCCAAUUAACUUAUUAACCUGUAUAAUUUUGGAAUGUGGGGAAAAACUGGGGCACCCGUGGUUACGAGAAUGUACAAAUUCCUUACUGACAUUGUUGGAAAUGAACUCGGUUUACUAGUAGCAUA